CUUUGCUCUUUCCCCGAUUCUUGCCAUCGUCACCUUACUCGACUCUUCAGCCCGUCACUCAUUUGUACGGCAACAUGAGCAGAGAAUAUACACGCGCUUUUCCUGCAUCAGACACUGGCUUCUACUUUUCGCUUUUACUUUCUCCCAAUCCGCUUCCUCAAACAGAUCAUCCUCCUGGCGCUUGAACGUAGCACAAAACAGUACCAUCGGAAGAAGGAAAACCCAGCAUAUCUAAUCUUGCUACAGCCAGCGUAUCCAAGCUUCGCGACCGACAGAUACCUGCCUUUCGCCACCAUCAUAUCCCUACCUUCUCAAUCAAGGCAUUCUUUACCUUCCAGCGACCAUUGUCUAGGACUUCUCCCCCUUUGUCGACCCUGACUGCCGCCGGUUUCUAUCCUACGGUCGCUACGACACAACUUACUAUCCCACUCCUACGACCCAGGAUGCAAGAAACAACAAACCAAGCAAAGCCAACGCCCACUCGUCGCCGACAGAAUCGUGGCGGUGGCGGCAAGGCUGCUGGACAGAAGAUGUACGCAUCAGAGACCGACGUCGCCAAUGUCUCAACCUUGGCCUUCGAUCAAGCCGGUCAUCCUCAUACCCCUCAGAAGUCAUAUUCUGGCUCGCCUGAGCCGCAGUCCGGCAACGGCAACCAGCCUGGCUCCAAACAGCGCUCGCGAAACAAACCUCGGGCUAGGAACCCCAAUACCGUAGCUUCGCCUGACGUAACCCGCCAAAACCGCCGCUCGACCCCUCAGAGCAUCCCGGUAAACAAGUCGGCAGCAGCCGCUUUCGCUGGCGCAACUUUCCAUGCUUCGCCUGCUCCAUCAGCCUUACCUAUGCCCAGCUUCUACUCAAAGUCCAUUCCCGAAUCUCCAGGACCCAGGCCGGAAGCUCAACAGCAGCCGUCCCCACCGGCAACCGAACGACAACGCCCGACACCUCAGCAUCCUGCGACCGCACCUAGGGCUCGCGAGUCGCCUCUCGACGCCAUUUUCAGAGCCGAUAGAGCUGAAAAGGAACAGGCACGGCGAUCGAGCUCGUUGAACUCGUCCGUUCAAACAGACGGUUCUGAGUCGACCGCUGCCCCUUCGCCCAGGGAGGCCAACCAUGGCCCAUUCGUUGCGAAACCUUACAACACCCACCCUGGGCACCGCAUGCCUCUCCAGAGAUCAUCUAGUGGAAUCUCGACCCAGGAGCUUGACGGCUUUUCGGGAAAGCCCCUUGGCCCUGCAUUCUCCACCCCGUACCAAGAGCGCAUCCGCGCUGCCCGUGCCGCUCCCAACCAGUCUCCGAAUGGCACGAGAGCUACGCAGGUCUCGUCUGCCGAGGAUCGCUCUGAAGCUCUAAAGAAGUAUCUCUUUGGAGGCAAAGGUCUGGCUUCGGCUGCCCAGCCACCAGUCUCGGCUCCACCAGCUCAGUACGUCCAUAACGGCUUCAUGGGAAAUAACCCGGCCCCUCAGGGCGACCAAUCUGCCGAUCUCCGCGCCAUGGAGGACAACCUGCGCCGCAUUCUGAAACUCGAGUCGCCCAUGUCAUCUACACAAUCUGGGGAACGUCCUCUGUACUCUUAGGCGGCCAUUGGUUGUCGGUUGCAAACAACAAGAAGGUUCAUUACACUUUGUACUUGGGCCGUCACUUGGCUGGUUGGCUUUGUGCCGCUGUUCCUCUUUGGAAGACGCAGGUGUACUGGAACUCAUCUGGCAUGGAAACGGGAGUCUGCGCUGCUUCUAUUUGAUAUGAUUUGUUACUUUGUCUUGCUGGGUGUCUUGGGGUUGCGGGAAAGCGGGAAAGCGGCAGGGGCUCGCAGUUGCUUUACGUGCCUACCUGAGAUUCUACUUGAUACCCGAAAGCGAUGUUGAUGUUUUCUUUUCAGCUAGGACCAAUUCAUAUUACGUUUCCAUCUUUCAUGUCCGAUUAUGUUUUCAUCCAUUUGAAUUGGAGGACUAGUUAGAUAUAUGCUUGUCGGCGUUGUUGGUCCAGCUCUGAUCUGAUCCUUUUCACCCUUGGCAUACUUGGACGGUCGAUCAAACAGGACAGCAUCAAAAUGGUUGGAGGGGGAACUCUCUGUAGACAAUGUACUGGCAAUGUUUCUGUCCUUGGUGAAGUGCCGUGGCUAUACUACUUGAGCAGACUACCAUGCAGCCCUUGAACAUCUCCCUAUC